AUGUUUAUUGAAGAUUUUGACUCUGACCUUGAAACAGAAUUGAGCUUGAUAAAAAAUCUUCAAGGUGUCAUGCGCCUCAUUAGGAAAAAAUGCAGUCUUGCUAAUAUUGUGAUCCUUGAAGCUGUUGUUGAGCACUUUGAGAUUGAUGAUGCUCAGAAAUACAUCAAUGAUUACAAGAGGGAAAUUGAUGAAUCAUGUUGUAAUUUAUCAGUUGAUUUGUGCUUGAAUCAGCCAUUUGAUGUAGUUAGGGCCAGUCCUCCUCUUAAAUGUGAAACGGCUACUUAUGUACUUGGAUGGGAAGCUACUGAGCAUAAGCUGAAGGAUGUCACAGAUAUUGUAUCAAAAUCUUCUGGAAAAUUUGUGAAGUUGGUCGACAUCAAAACAUCAUACAGAAUCAGAAGAGGAAUAAAAAUGGAAAUAGAUCAUUUGCAAUUGUUAUUAACAAAUAAAAGUGGUUUACUGGAUCAGAGUGAAUCAUUAAUAGGUAUUAAGAGAGAAAUAGCUGAUCUACAAGAACAGAUAUCAUUAAUGAGUGAACAUAUACUAAAUAAAAGAGAAGAGAAUAAAAAAAAAUAUAGAGAUAUAAUGAGAAUGAAUAAACCAACAGAAGAAUCUUUUUUUAUUGCUCGUUAUGACUAUCAUGCAAUAGCAAGUGAUGAAAUAUCAUUCAGUGAGGGAGAGCAAAUUAGGAUAUAUGAGAAGGAGGGCUUUUUUUAUUGGAAAGGAAGAUCCUUGGUGUCUGGUGAUGAAGGAUUUAUUCCUAGCAGUUGUGUUUACUCAAAGUUGGAGUCACUUCAACUAUUAGAGUUUCUACUGUCAGUUGAAGAAGAGUGCCUGGCAAUGUAG